UCUUAAAGUUGAAGCGCUAGCGGCCAGCUGUUUCUCCUCUGAUAUUACUGAGUCGAGAACGUUGCUAAAUACGCAAGUGCAUAAGUUUAGCGAGAUCAACAACCGGAUGAUUCAAUGGUUGCGUUUGGUCCGACCAUUUUAAAGGCAGAGAUGUUUAGACAAAUGCAAAUUAUUUUCUUUUUUUAUCCUCACAAAUUAUGUAUAGCAAUACUAUGUUAGAACUUUGAUGAAAAACAUCACAAUUUGCUAUAACAGCUUUAUAUCUAAAUUCCGUGUUUGUGACAUCACAAACGGAGACUUUUUAAAACUGCUUGUUUUAGAUACAUAAUUCUUAACCCUCUCAGGCGUAAAAUGUCAUGACUUGCGGGAGGCGUCUAACCCAAGGCACGCAGAAUCAACACGACAACUCGGGGUAAGUAAAAAAUAAAGUCUUUUAUUAUGAAAACGGGAACUAAAGAUGCACUAGUAAGUCCGGUGAGUAGGGUGCCGUAAGGCGUUAGUCCAGAGUUCAAGUUCCGCAAACAGCGGGGAAGGUGGCGAGCCGAGGUGAGUAAGGAUGGGGGUCCAGUUGAGUGAGGUGGGUGAGGAAGCGGAAAGAGGAAGGGCAGGAGCCAUGGAGGAGGAUGGGACGAAGUCCUGAAGAUCCGGGGUUCUAGCGGCGAAGGUAAUGGACAUGGUAGCGGGUUCCUAAACAGGGCAAAGCAGACAGUGGUUCAGAGACGAAUCCAAAGUCAUAAUCCAAAACAAUCCAAGGUCAGAGAUCCAAAUAAUCCAAUCACGAAUACACAAGCGAGCAAACAGGCGAAUACGAGUGGCAGGGGCUAACCAAAAUUGUAGCAAUCAUCCGGCGUCGAGUGGUGUCUCCAUCCUCCCUUUAAACCAGAGCCUCUGAUUGUGAAUCCAACUCAGCUGGUGUCCCCUCCGCUCCUCACCUGUGGAAAAGAACCUCAUAGAUGGUUUAUUGAGGAGGAGCACUCACCUCGGCUCGUGAAUCAUGACACAAAAUAAAUUUUGAUAAAAGGACGAACAACCAAGUCCUUCAGGGAGACUUCUGAGUGAAAAAAUGCUCAUGAAAUACAUAUGUGGAGUAACCAGGUAGGUAGGUUUUAACGUUGCAAAUCUGCAACACCUGCCUCCAGAGGGUUAAACAAACUAAUGUUUUUUUCAUGUUUGUUGUGUUAAUAGAGGCAGUAGAGACUCACAACACAAAAAGAUGCGAAAGGGGACUUUUGCAUAAUACGUCCACUGUAAAAACACAUUCAUUAAUGAAAGUAAAAACUACAGAAUGAACUGAUAUUUAGAUGGUUUACGUGAGACAAAAUAAUAGGAAUUCCCAUAAAAAUGUACAGCAAAAGACUGACGGAAAACUGUCGACUAAAUUGUGCCAAGAGAAUUUGCACGACUGUUUAGAAAAUGUAAUAGUUGACUUAAAAAAAAUCCCACAACUCAGUCAAAUAUACCAAAUGUCUCUUGCUAUUCGCCGACUGUUGGGUCAGAACUCUAAUAUUUAACCAGGAAUUCCCUUCUCGGGUGCUUAGGGCAUCCCGAUCAAAAGCAGUUUAUUACAGACUGGGCCACUGGUUGUUCAAUAUGGGGUCACAACAACAGAUUAGUCUGGAGGUGGGGGGUGAUGCCAACAAAACCCUUCAACCCACCCCCCACCCCACCCCCAAACACACACACACAAAGUGUACCACGUGUGGAUUGUGAGGAGGUGGGGCUUUGAGGGUUAUGAGGUAAUCUCCCUUGGGUUGACAUAAUGACAAUAGCUCUGAGGUUCAGUGACACACGCACGCGCACACACACACACACACACACACACACACACACACACACACAAACUCAUCUGUGAUGCAGACCAACAACUGGCCAGUCAAUGACUUCAUCUCUGCCCGUCUGUCACUCAUCUCUUUGUUGCUGAAAGGAUGGAUUAUUGGUCUUGUUGUGGACGCAGAAGAAUUUGGAAUUAUGGGAUGUUUUUAGGCUCUUUUCCUCUUUAUUUGAUUCUAAAUUAUUUUCUUUUUUAAUCACUCAGCAAUUGAUUGUAAUUUGUUAGUUCACUUAUCGGUUUAAGUCCAACAACCUGCUUUAGAGGGAGUUUUUGCACGCCGAUUUACCAAAAUGGAUGCGCAUCGGGUCCAGGUCAUGCGCUACUGCUUUCCUCAGAGUGUCAGUGACUCAGGAUUGUUUUACAGCCACAUCGCUGCCAGUGAACAGAGCAUCUGCCAGGCGCGGGCCUCUGUCAUGGUCUACGACGACGCCAGUAAGAAAUGGGUGCCCAUCAAGCCGGGCCAGCAGGGCUUCAGCCGCAUUAACAUCUACCACAACACUGCCAACAACACCUUCAGAGUGGUGGGCGUCAAGCUGCAGGACCAGCAGGUAGUGAUCAACUACUCUAUAGUGAAGGGCCUGAAGUACAACCAGGCCACCCCGACCUUCCACCAGUGGCGUGACGCUCGCCAGGUAUAUGGGCUGAACUUUGCCAGUAAGGAGGAGGCCACCACCUUCUCCAACGCCAUGCUGUUUGCCCUCAAUGUCCUCAGCUCGCCCGACAGUGGAGGUAAAGAUCUGUCACCGCACAAGUCAGGUCCAGUAGUUCAGCGCCAAAAUGGGCCCUCCUCAGAAGAAGGUGAAGCACAGAGGAGGAUGAUGGAGCAGCAUCAAAUGCAGGCGCACAAGGAGAGAGAGCGACGGACAUCAGGAUCAGUCGUUUCCACUCUCCAAUAUAAAGUGUCCAACCCUCCCGUCCACCCAGACACCCCUCCUGAGUACAGACAGUUCAGAGCUAACACUUUGCCACCCUCCUAUGUCCGCGUGGCCUCCUCCUCCUCCUCUCCUCCCUCCUCCAUGUCUCCCUCUCAGGAGAAAGAGGUGGGGGCUGCUAGGGACAAGGCCCAGCUCUCCUCUCAGCUCUCCACCUCGCUCGCCUCAGCCUUUUCCCCAGUCCAGGCGGGAGUGAACACCCAGGGCCGACAGGUCCGUCAGAUACCCCUGUCUCCUCCCACGGCGGUCCGCCACCUUCACCAGCACCAGCAGCAACAAGACAUCAUGCUCCCCCCUAAACACGGCACCUGGUCUGCCUCCCACUUGCAGCAAAUGUACGCCCAGUGCCCCCCAUCCUCCUCCCCACCAGUAAUGAUGGCCAUGCCUGUAAAGCAAGUUUUGCCUCCACAACCAGCCCUCCCGGUAGCUCACUCCCUCCCGCCUGUGAGCACUAGGAUGAAGCCCCCACCUCUGGAUUCAGGCGCUGUGACGGGCCCUCACCAGUACCCCCACCCUCACGCCAACGGACAGCCAGACGAUUCCUACUCUCCUCACUCUCAGCAUCUUCCACUCACCCCGCAGUACUGCGAGUCCAUCCCGCUGCCUCCUCUGAUAGGUCAGACAGGCCCCGCCCCCAGCCACCAGCCCCAGAACCAGUCCACCUUUCACCCUCAGCAGCAUCAACAGCAGCAACAGCAGGCCCUGACCCCCUCCACCACUUCAUCCUCCUCCUCCUCGCCCCCCUCUUACACCGCCGUCUCUGACGGGGGCUCUCCCAAGAAGAGCCCCUCCCCCGUUCCCCAGCAGGCCCCCGUGGCCAGCAGCAGCGGUCCUGUUUCUGCAGGUCACCCAUCUGUGCUUUCUGUGGCCCCUCCUCCAGCUGCAGCCCCAGCUCCCAUGGCUGGUCCUCCAGCUCCACCACCUCCGCCGGGACCACCGCCCCCGAUGGCAGUUCCUCCACCCAUGCCCCCUCCCCUGCCCACUGGAGGUGGGCCUCCUGGAGGCCCACCUGGUGUGCAGCCCUCAGGACUGGCUGCUGCUCUGGCUGGAGCCAAGCUACGUAAAGUUCACAGGGACGAGAGCAGCCCUCCCGGGUCUGGAGGGAAAAGUGACUCCAACCGGUCGAGUGGGGGGAGCGGCGGAGGUGGGGAGGGACUGAUGCAGGAGAUGAAUGCCUUGCUAGCUCGCAGACGGAAAGCUUCAGAGAAACCUGAUGAAGAUGAUUCGAGUGGUCGGGGAGCUGGACAACAGAACUCAACAGAUGCUGUGAAGAAGCCGUGGGAACGAUCCAACUCUGCAGACAAGUCCUCACUGGUGUCCAGAGUGAGACCGAUCGGCAGCACCAGUGAAUCCGACACAGAAUUUGACAGAAUGAAGCAGGAAAUUUUAGAUGAAGUCGUACGCGAGUUGCACAAGGUCAAAGAUGAAAUCAUUAACGCCAUUAGACACGAAAUCGGCAGAAUCAGUACAUCCUAAUCUCAUCUGAGCGUGCAGAUGAAGGAGCUGGUGGAGGACGGAAACGCGGAUGCACAGACGCGAGGACCGGGGAAUGUUCUCUCAACGUUUCUGUGACCCUCGCGAUGCCACAAGUUGCAGAGACGUUGUGCCAACAUUUAAGUCUGCAGGACAGCACAAACGAGAGCGCAGGGCUUUGUGGGAAAGCAGGAGCGAUGAACUAGAGGAUGAACUAAAAGUGGAUAUGAACAGGCAUUUAUACUGAGUUCGGUGUCGUGGUCCUCUCUGUGCACCUAGACUCAGUCAGCCCAGUGUUGCAGCUUUUUGUUCUCUGUUAAGUCCACGUCUUAAGAAGAAAAUAUUUUGGUUUUCUAAGUUUUUACUGUUUUAUUAUUUAAAAACUGUGGUGAUAAUAAUGAUAACGCUGUUGGUGAGUAUUUUAUUGAUAUUAGAGAAGGACAAAGGAAUCUUGCACACUUUUAAUGUCAUCCUUUUAUAUUUUCUAUUAAUGCUUUUUUGAGUUGAUCCCUGUUUCAUGGUAACAAGCACAACAGGGGCACACUGGUGCAGCAGACCCACCUGCCCUCAAAAGGCUUUUUUCAGAACUUUUUUCUAAUCAUCCUGGUGUUUUACGUCUGACAAAUGGGCCAUUCCUUUCUGUACCGGGUCGGCCCAGGCCGGGUAGCCCCAGUCGGCCCCAGCCUGGCCCGGUUGAUUCCACACAUCCUUGUCUUAAGCCCAUGUGGGCUGAUUCUACCCACCAAUCAGAGGCUUGCUCUAAUGGAAGGUGUGAAUUUGCUGUCAGCAGUGGGUGUGUUGGCCCUGGUCGGCCUGAAGCAGACCCCCUCGAGAAGAGGGCUGAGAAUGAGCCUUGGUUGGCCCGGAAAAAUACCAUGCCACCCAGAUAUGUAAACAACCUACGCUACCCGGCCCGGGCCGACCCGGUACAGAUGGGAAUGGCCCAUUAUUCUCUCCGGAGAAGAUAGAAAACCACGAGCUUCAGUUGCCUCUUACCCCUAUCAUCCAAGGCAAAGAGCAUCUCUCUACUCACUGAAAUAUGUCAGGUUAUGGAAAUUUGGGGUUCAUUCAGAAAACAAGCUAAAAACUGUAAACGUGCCACCUGGUUUUACCUUCAUAUGGAACAAUGUAUUAUCUAUUAGUCAUCCUAUGCUUUGUGAACCUCUCAAGUAUGCAUGAAACCCCUGUCUCUAUGAAUUUGUUUUCUAUUUGGUUCAAAACAAUUAAAAACUGAAAUAAAAAUAUAUAAAUGGUG